AAUUUGUCCCUCGUGCGUUCCGUAGAACUACUACUCUCACGUGAUCCGUCUUGUGACAACCGGAAGCAGGAACAAUAACAUCAGCGUCAGGAUGCUGCUACAGCUGUGAUAGAUUUACUCUUUAUUUGGAUAAAUUAACACAAACAUGACUUCCAUCAUAAAGGAAACGCAAAGCAUUAAAGAAGCAGUGAACUUCAUCAACACAGUUGACGUGAACAAGUUCUCCAGGCUUCUCUCUCGCAUCAUACAAAAGCUUCAUGUGAAGGGGGAACGAACAUUCAGUGAAGAAGAAGAGCAAAAGCUGCAGGCUGCUCUGACCUUGGAUAAACAUGCUCUCAACCUGGUCCUGGAGACGACUGCCUUUAUUCUGGAGCAGGCAGUGUAUCACGGCAUAAAGCCGGCCUCUCUGCAGCAGCAGCUGGAGGAGAUCCAUCUAAACUCAGAUAAGGCUGAGGUGUUUUCUCAGGCCUGGGCCUCUGCUGGACCGGAGCUGGUGGAAAAGCUGAAGCGCAACAUAUUUGCUCCUAAGAAGCUGGACUAUGUCAGCUGGCAGCUGAACCUGCAGAUGGCCCAGUCCAGUCAGGCUCGUCUGAAGUGUCCCAGUGCUGUCCUGCAGCUGGGGGUCCGAAAUGAAGAUUCUGAGGUUCAGGAAAACAUCUUUGUUGAGUUCGACCACCAGCAGCUUCUUGAGUUCUAUGACAAGCUUGAAAUUGUCCAAGGACAGUUGGAUUCCCUGACUUGAUGCCCAGUGCACAGCCACGCCCACACAAACAACAUGUUGUUAGUGUUGAUGUUGACAGCUGGGCCAGCUGUCAGAGGCCAAGCAAUUCCAGUUCUAUUCUGAUUUAUUAGAGAAAAAUAUGUCAAACUUAAAAGAACAAACUUCUGACUGUGUUGAAGUUUAUUGCUAUUCCAGUUUCUGCUCAUUACUGGGAUACAGUGUUUUUUUGUUUUGUUUUUUUAUUGCUUUUUUUGGAAAUUGAAUUGUACUUAAUCAGUUUUACUUAUUUUUUUUUCUACUGCAUGUAGGGAUCUGAUGCUCAGUUGCUCUAAACAUUACCUACAAUGAGAUCCCUUAAGAGUAAAAGUGCCAUUACUCAGUUGUCUUAAAAUUUGUAUUAAUAAAGUUGUUUCACUUUCAAGAGUGAGCUUCAUUUGUUGCUGUUGUAUUAAACUGUGGAUUGGACAUGAA